CAGGAAGCAACACAUACACAAGUGGUGCAGCAUGGACGCCGUAUAAGCUGUUCUUACAGACCUGGAAAAGGGGCACAGGGAGCGUGUUACUUCUCAUGGAGCAAAUGUGAGCCAACGGUGAAGUAUCUACAGGGCUACCACUCAUAGCACAAUGGCGAUGCAGAAACAUUUUAGUGUUCGAGAUUGCCACCAAAGAUCCAUAACAGCACUUGGGUUCAACACGACAAGAAGGGAGUUUCUCACAGGCUUUGAAGAUGGAAUGAUAAAAUGGUGGGACCUGGACAGUGGACACCUUUCUCAGUCAGCAGCAGAACAUUCAGGGAUGGUCACCCAAAUCUUAUACUGGACAGAGACAAAGCUAGUCUUCUCAUCAUCAAAUGACGGUACUCUGAUAGUCUGGACAUCUGGAGCAGUUGUGUUGGAUAAGAUCAGGCUCAAAAGUCCCAUCUUCAGCAUUGCAAUAAACCUCAGACGACAGCUCUUGGUAUGCGGAUUCAAGAAUCACCUCUCUGUUUAUCCUCUGGAUGAGCAAAAAGCUUGUGGACAUGUAAUAAACCUGAAGAAGAGCUCUUCUGACUAUCAACAUACGGACAUUGUAUCAUGUAUUGUAUCCUUAGAUAGUCAAAUCUAUACAGUGGGCUAUGAUAGAAAGUUUUUAAUAUUUGACACCUAUCAAACUCCAGACAAGACAUGCCUCAGGGUUGUGCACAGUAAUUCGCGUGCCCAUGUUGCUGGAAUCACCCACCUUCUUCUUGUCCGUGAACGUGAGAGCACAAGGUUUUUGACAGGAUCGUUUGAUCAAACAGUUGGAGUUUGGUCACAAGAUGGUCAACUGAUUCAGAGGCUUCAACAGUUCAUGGGUGAAAUCACUGGCAUGUGUUAUGUACCUUCUUUAAAAACAGUAUGGAUCACCAGCGGAAGUAGUCAACCACUGGUUCUAGACCCGCGAUCUGGGGAUGUUAUUUCCAAUUUUGUGGAUACAUUCCAAGGCUAUGAUGAGAGUCUACAAAUAAAAAAAUUAACAUGCCUUCCUGAGACAAAUCAUGUGAUUGGCUCAACAAGGAACCAGGUGAUUGUAUGGAAGUUCCACAAUGCAGGUUGUGUCACAAAACUGCAUGCAAAACAUCCCAUAGAAUGUCUGUCAUACACUGGAAAGAAAUUACUGUUACUUUUCACGGGUGACAGCAGUGGCAUUGUGGUUAAAUGGAAAAGAAAUGAUUUAUCUCCCUUUACAUACAGCAAAGAGUCAUACAACAUGGAAGACACCAGGCCAGAAAGGAGAGGACUGCGAAGUCUUCUGCAGAAACAAGUAACAGAGCAAAACAAGAGGCCUCAAUCCAGGAUUCAACGCCCAGGAACAGCAGGAAUAUUGAGAAAGGGCAUAAUAUUAAAUAAUCAGAGACCACCUACCCCCCGGACAAAGUUCUGUGGAUACACAAAGUCAUUGUUUACUGAUGAAAUUGAUCUACUAGUCAUGGCUACAGAAAGUGGGGACAUUCACCUAUGGGAGUUUGAUGAUUCUGUCACAGGUCCAGUUCAUGAAGACACUUUUUCUCUGGAUGAUGAACAGCAUCUUAAGAUUCUGAUAAAAGAGAAUUCUCUAAACACAGAACAAAGUGGUGGGUUAAUAAACAUGCAUCUAGCAGGUUUCACCUGCAAGAAGGUAUUAGCUGGUCAUUUUAAAGCAGUCACAGCCUUGGCCGUAGUUGGGAAAGAAAAUGGCUUCUCCACUGUAUAUUUGUUGAGUGGUGGAUGGGACAGAAGACUAUGCUUAUGGGAUCUACUUACAUGCACCCUCAUUGAGACCUUCUGUAGACCAGAACUGGAUAACCGGAGCGAACAAAAAGAAACAGCUUGUGAUGGCGUUAUAAUGGACAUGUGCUAUUGUCCAAAAAGACAGGAGUUUGCCUAUUCUUCUAGCAAUGGAAAUAUUUACAUCCGACAUUUUGGAGCAGUAAGUUCAGAGAUGACCCUUGUAGAUGUUCUGAUAGGGCAUGAGGCAGAAGUUACCUCAGUUGUUUGGCAUAAUCUCAAAGACAAAUGGAUCACAGGCUCUGAAGAUGGAACUAUUCGAAUAUGGGGCGAAGAGGGUGCACAGUGUGAGAGGAUCCUGCAUACCAAAGGAGUGGUCAUGUGUAUUUGUAUCGAUCAAAUAAAUGGGUACAUUGUAGCAGGGGUGCAAGAUACUAUAAGGGUGUAUGAUCCAGAAACGCUUCUUCAGGUCCAAAGUAAUGUGGGACAUACAGAUCUAAUCCGUUCCAUAGUGCAUAUUCCAGAGAUGAAGCAGUACGCUUCAGUUUCAUGGGACAGGACGGUGAGAAUGUGGAAAGCUUACUACAAGGCAAACAAUCCAUACAGUAGUAAUGCUUAAUCAUGGAGCACUGUUAUAUUAGCAACAAUAACACACCUCAUGAAUCAAAACCGUAUAACAGAAAAACUUUUGUUACUCACAGAAACCAAAGAGAAUUCAUUCAAUGAAUCUAUGCUGCACUGUGCUUGAUGCUAUGGGUAAAAGCGUCAAUUGUUUCUGUUAGACAGUAGUUAAAAUUGGGCCCAUGUUGUGCUUAUGGUUUCUGUUCCAGUACUUUUUAAUACAAUAAGGCUGGUCCAAACACAAGAUACUAUA